CGGAGCCACCCCAGCUCUGGGUCCUUCGCUGGCUCCGAGGCGGAGCAGUGCGAGGGUCCAACAGCAGCGUGGCAACUGGGUUCCACAAGGACUGGUAGGGCAACUUCGGCUUCAUUUGAGCGCUCCAGUCCAGGGGCGGAGGCAGCUCCCGUCUCCACAUUCCGCCGCCGUUCCCCUCUCCACGACCUUGGUCGGGCAUGUUUUCCAGGGCCCAAGUGAGGCGGAUUCUGCAGCGGGUGCCUGGGAAGCAGCGACUCGGCGUCUACAGGUUCCUGCCCUUCUUUUUUGUCCUGGGAGGAACGAUGGAGUGGAUCAUGAUUAAAGUGCGCGUGGGCCAGGAGACCUUCUACGAUGUCUACCGUAGAAAAGCCUCAGAAAGGCAGUAUCAGAGAAGGCUGGAAGAUGCAUCAGAGACUGAACUUCAGCAAUCAAUAAAGUGAAUAUGAAACUUUA